AUGACAGCGGGAGACAUCAUCACCAAGGUCCUCAUCUCGAUUAAGGAGUGGGAGGAUGCUCAACCGCAGAAUCCGAUCACCUCGUCUACGAUACCUCCCGAAACUCCCACACGCUUUAUACCGGCGGAGAGCCUUCUAUGUAACACCGGCGCGGCUUGGUCAUCUGACUCCCAAUCGGCAGGCUUAGCUUGGAUCAUCUCAGAUCAAUCUUCAACAGAGAUCGCCAGGGGCUGUCGCUUCCAGGAACACGUCGCAUCUCCUCUCAUGGCAGAGGCGUUAGCAAUCAGAGCCGCUCUUGAACAUGCAGCCACCCUCAAUCUCACCCACAUCUGGCUCCGAUCAGACUGCAAAGGGCUUAUACAAGCCAUCAACACGAAUCGAUGA